GGCCUUCGCCAUACUGCCUGAAAAAGUAAUAUGGCCGCCUAAUGUUAUUGCGAGAAAAGUGAGAAAAAUUGAGUGGCAAGUGGUGGCGAACGUGGGUCAAAUCUUUUAAAACGAUUAAAUAAAAUUGUCGAUAAUUGCGGUAAGCAAGGGACUGCUCAAGUCAGUGGGAAAAAGGGCUUGAGUUUGCGUCGGAAUAGUGACAAUUUACGUGACAGACGGAAUUUCUCGUAACCUCGAAUCGAACGUUAAAACAUCGAAACGAAGUUGGGGGAAAAAGUGGCUCAAGAACGAGGAAUAUAACACGCGGAGGGGGUGGUGCUUGAGUGAGAAAGAUAAAAGGUUAAGAAAAAAAUACUAAAAAAACGAUAAAAAUAUAUAAAGUUUAUAACGAACGAAAUUAUUUCGACAUUUCUCUUGUCGGGUGAGGUGCAAUGAUAUAUCGUCAACUUUCGAAAUGAACUCUCACGAGAAAAAGAUUCGUUGCGGAUGAAGAAAAGUGAUGUGGCAUCGGUACGAGAAAAUUUCUCGACAAAGUGAUCAACGUUUCAUAUAAAAGGAAGGAUGUCGUUGAAACCGCGUAUGGUAGAUUUCCGGGAGACGUGGGACGUUCUCCGGGAAACAGUGAAAGGUGUAAUAACACUCGCGGAUGUGCCCCGUUCGACAUGGAACGACAGAUUCAGCGACGUCUACUCGCUGUGCGUAGCUUAUCCGGAACCGAUGGCCGACCGUUUGUACAACGAGACAAAGCGCUUUUUGGACAACCAUGUUUCUCAAUUGUUGAUGCGUGUUCGUGGACACGGCGACAACGGUCUUCUCCAGGCUUAUCAUCGAGCGUGGACCGAAUAUUCUCAAGGAAUAAAUUAUCUGCAUCGUUUGUACUUAUAUCUCAAUCAACAACACAUUAAGAAACAAAAAUUAACCGAUGCCGAAAUAAUUUACGGUGUGUCCUCGACAAUCGCGGUCGAUUGUCAGGAACAAAUGGAGAUCGGUGAAUUGGGUCUUGACAUAUGGAAAAAACGAAUGAUCGCACCGUUGAGACGACAGCUCGUGGCUCUUCUCCUCGAGGGUAUUCACGCCGAUCGUAUGGGCGAAGCACAACCUGCUACGACUGACGUUAUUUGUGGCGUUAUCGAAAGUUUCGUCAGGGUUGAAGAAUACAAAAUGAAAGGACCAUUAGAUAUGUACCAGGAAAUAUUCGAAGGUCCAUUUCUGGAAGCGAGUGGUGAAUUCUAUUCUCGAGAGGCUUCGGAACUGCUGCAACAGUCGGACGUGACGCGUUACAUGGAGCGAGUUACCUGGCGGUUGAGUCAGGAAGAACUCCGAGCUCACAAGUUUUUGCAUCCCAGUUCAACGCCAAAAGUUAGACAGUGCUGCGAGGAAAAAAUGGUGGCUGCCCACGUAGCUUGGUUACAUACGGAAUCUGAUCUGAUGGUCGAACACGAACGACGAAGGGACCUCGCCCUUUUGUACCCGCUCAUUCGACCUUUGCCUUCGGGACUAGCACCAUUGGUGCAAAAACUUACUCAGCAUAUAACCCAACAAGGGUUGCAGGCCAUUGGUCCAAUGCAAGGAGAAAAUGUUCACACCCAAUUUGUCGAAAGCAUGUUGGCCGUGCACUCGAAAUAUUCGGAACUGAUAAAGGACGUUUUCAAAGGUGAACAAGCGUUUAUCGGCGCAUUGGAUAAAGCUUGCUCAGCGGUUGUGAAUCACAGGCCGGCAGCUCGACAACCAGUUCGUGCUCCUGAGCUGCUCGCCAAGUACUGCGACUCAUUAUUGAAGAAAUCAGCAAAAGGUGUAUCGGAGGCGGAAAUAGAUGAGAAGUUAUCGCGUUCAAUAACGGUAUUCAAGUACGUGGACGACAAGGACGUAUUUCAAAAGUUUUACGCUCGUAUGUUAGCGAAGCGUUUGAUACACCAGCAAUCACAGUCGAUGGACGCGGAGGAGGCGAUGAUCGAUCGUCUAAAGCAGACUUGCGGUUACGAGUUUACGAACAAGCUUCAUCGGAUGUUUACCGACAUGUCAGUUUCGGUGGAUUUGAAUGUAAAAUUCGCAGCAAGUCUGAGAGAAAGAAACGCGGAUGCUCAAUUGGGGAUUGGAUUCGUCGUUUACGUAUUACAAGCUGGCGCUUGGCCUUUGUCCUUGCCACCGUCACCGGGUCCGUUCCACGUGCCACAACAAUUGGAGCGUUCGGUUCAAGCUUUCGAGAGUUUUUAUCACGCCCAAUUCAGCGGUCGUAAAAUCACUUGGCUUCACCACUUGUGCCAGGGUGAAUUAAAGCUAAAUUACCUCAAGAAGCCUUAUCUCGUAACCGUGCAAACCUAUCAAAUGGCGUUGCUUUUGUUGUUCGAACAUUGUGACGCGUUACCGUGUCGAGAAGCUGCGGCUUCGUUGCGUCUGUCCCACGAGCAACUCGUCAAACACGCAGUUAUUCUUGUCGAUUGUAAAAUAUUGAAAAAAGCAUCCUCAAACUCUUCAACCUCGAGCAGCUCUGUCACCGAAGAGGACAACGGCAAGGACAGCAGUGCCGAAAACACAACCUCCUCAACGACUACCACGAAUCUCGAGGAAGACUCCGUUCUUCAGCUCAAUUUCGAUUAUUACAACAAAAGAACCAAAUUUCGAGUCACCGGAGCUUUGCAGAGGGACGCACCGAGUGAGACUGAGGCAACUCACAGGAGCGUCGAUGAUGAUAGAAAAUUGUAUCUGCAGGCUGCCAUUGUCAGAACUAUGAAAAGUCGAAAAAUUCUAAGACACAAUCAGCUCGUCCAGGAGGUUCUCAGCCAAUCGAAGGUGACAUUCGCUCCAUCGAUAGGUAUGAUAAAGAAGUGCAUUGAGGCUUUGAUCGACAAGCAAUACAUCGAACGUACCGCGAACAGUGCAGACGAGUAUUCUUAUGUCGCGUAACCCUGUGCCACAUCCCCACCCCCAUCCUACUUCACAACGUCGUCGUAUUUCCUACGCUCGUCGAACAGGCGCCCCUCGUAUCUUCGUAAAACCCUUUAAGGUGAGAAAAUGAAAGCAAGGAACCAUCAACUGACGAUCUUAUCGCGCCCGUGCUGAUAACAUCCAUGAAAAGUGGUACGAAAAACAAAAGCACACGAUUACGACGAGAGGUUGCUUCUCUGCGUCGUAUCGGUGAUCGCUUAACCUCGAACGUUCAAUUUAAUAUUGAUCACGAAGAUGAUGAAUGGAAUUAUGAAAAACAAAUUAAUGAAAAUGUAAUAUAUGCGCACCGAAACUGAAAAAAAAUCACAAUAAAUAGAUAUCGUUACUAUUUUA